AUGUCUGAAGGAAGAGCAAGCUUGAUAAGGAGCAUUCGAAUUGACUUAUUUCGCAGCACGUGCUUGAAGGUGGUGAAUCAAAUAUUAGAAGAGGCGCUCGUAGGUCUGCUUGAUCUGGUUUACAAUCCUCCUUUAAGCUCUCGUAUCUCUAGCGUAGGACGAGUCCGAACCUCGUUGCUCAAGAAGCUGGCUCUGGGGGGAAUGUUCUCACUAGUGGUGAUCAUUGUGCUUUUCGUUAUUAUCUGCCUCACUCUUGUCAGUAAACUCACAAAACAACGGAGUCUCACCUGGGCAUAUAUGUGGCGCUCAAUCGAGAAUAACAUUGGCAGUGCCCAGUUGAAUGCAGUUAAUUCUUGGCAAGAUUUCGGGGCUCUAACUUAUAAUGCUUUAUAUGCCUUCUUUUCGUGCUUUACGAUUUGGUACUUCGAUUCACAGUCUUGGCACCAAACUUACUUGAUUAGGCUUAAUUUAACGCCUCAGGCACACCAGCUGGCACCCGGGAAUCUACGAUUGAUCAACUACAGGCGGGUCAACUACCAAUGCCAAACACUGAACGUUGGGCAUAUACUGACGAAUCUAGCAAUCAUCGCUGCCUGUUUAGCGUUCUUUUGCAUUCCUUUCACCAACGACCAAAGCUUCAAAAAAACGUGCUUCAAUGAAAGAAACUGUCAACGAACUCUGAAGACUGUCGUUACUGGAGCAUGGAGGGUAAUGCCUCCAUCCUUGUUUCGGAGCAUUCCAUUGUGGAAGGAUGAAGACUUUCCAAAUGCCAGGUUUCGUGUGGCAGACACUAAAUUGACGUUUGGAAUUGAUCACUACCUGCCUAGUUUAAUUUUGCCGACGUUCCCAUUGAUGACUCGUCUAAACACGAUGUACAGGAGAGCUGGCCAUUAA